AUGGAGAACUGUAACAACGGACCGGCGGCCGCCGACGAUUUCAAGGUGGUGGUGCCGGGGCAUCCGCUGAUCAGCCACUGGGUCUCAGUGCUCCGCGAUCACUCCACCCCUUCCCAUGCCUUCAGGAGUGCAAUGGGGGAGUUAGGGAGAUUGCUAAUCUAUGAGGCAACUCGGGAUUGGUUGCCGACAGUAACACGGGAGAUCCAGACACCUGUGGGCACUGCGGUUGUUGAAUCUGUCAGUGAGAUGGAGCCAAUCAUGAUUGUACCUAUUCUUAGAGCAGGGCUUGCUCUUGCAGAUCUUGCAACAUCAAUUUUGCCAUCAACUAGAACUUUCCAUUUAGGUAUGUCCAGGGAUGAGACAACGCUGCUGCCCUCUGUUUACUUAAAUAAGCUACCUGAUAGAUUCCCAAAAGGAUGUAAUAUACUCCUUGUGGAUCCUAUGCUAGCAACUGGUGGAACAAUCACUGCAGCAGUUGAUCUGGUUAAGGAGCGUGGAGCUAAAAUCAGUCAGAUAAGAAUCAUAUCAGCUGUUGCUGCUCCUCCUGCCAUCAAGAAACUCAAUCAAAGAUUCCCAGGGAUUUGUGUGUAUACAGGAACUAUGGAUCAAAUUGUGAAUGAGAAAGGUUUCAUAGUCCCAGGCCUUGGGGAUGCUGGAGACCGCAGCUAUGGAACAUGA